AGCCUAUCCUGCCCUCAGCUAAUAAUGGAAUCUUCUAUUCCUCCUACCAGUCCAUCCCCCUCAGUUACUACCUUUUAUUGUAAGCUCCACCCCUCUCUGCCAAUCCCUCCACUGGCCUCCACUCAGUGUCCUCCACCUCUGGCCUCCACUGACUCACUCAGUCCUCCACCCCUCUCUGCCAAUCCCUCCACUGACCUCCACUCAGUGUCCUCCACCCCUCUCUGCCAAUCCCUCCACUGACCUCCACUCAGUGUCCUCCACCCCUAUCUGCCAAUCCCUCCACUGACCUCCAUUCAGUGUCCUCCACCCCUCUCUGCCAAUCCCUCCACUGGCCUCUACUCAAUGUCCUCCACCCCCCCUCUCUGCCAAUCCCUCCACUGACCUCCACUCAGUGUCCUCCACCCCUCUCUGCCAAUCCCUCCACUGGUUCCACAAUUGCCAAACGAAUAAAAUUCAAAUCCCUAACACUGGUUCCCAAU